AUGUCUGGCAACAACUGCACUGUUGUGACUGGAUUCAUUAUUUUGGGGUUAACAGAUGAUCCAAAUUUAUUUCUGGGUAUCUAUGCAGUCACUAUAGUUGGUAAUCUUAGUAUAAUCGUAUUGAUUAAAAAUAGCUCCCAACUUCAAACUCCAAUAUAUCUUUUUCUUAGUCACUUGGCUUUUGUGGAUUUGGCAUAUUCCUCAUCUGUCAUACCUGUUAUGCUCAAGAGCUUCCUUGUGGACAAAACCAUAAUCCCUUUGGAAGGUUGUAUGUCCCAGGUGUUCUGUGGAGCCACCUUUGGGGCAGCUGAGUGCUUCCUCCUGGCUGUGAUGGCUUAUGAUUGGUAUAUGACUAUCUGUAAUCCUCUACUCUACUCCAUCAACAUGUCUCCUAAAGUCUGCACUCUAUUACUCAUCACAUCCUACCUUGGUAGUUGUGUAAAUGCUUGUUCUUUCAUUGAUUGCUUACUGAAUCAGUCCUUCUGUGGACCCAAUAAGAUUAAUUAUUUUUUCUGUGAUUAUUUACCACUUUUGAAACUUUCCUACUCCCAAGAUAAUUUUGCUGAAAUUCUUCCUGCUGCCUUUGCUGAGUCAGUAAUAAUGAUCACAGUUCCAAUUAUCAUAAUUUCUUAUGUGUACAUCCUAAUCUCUAUCCUGAAAAUCAGCUCUGUUGAGGCAAGAUCCAAAGCUUUCUCAACUUGUAUCUUCCAUCUUAUAGCAGUCAUUUUCUACUAUAGGACCACUAUGUUCAUUUAUGUGCUGUGUAAGUCAAGCUACUCAACAGAAGAGAAUAAAGUGUUAUACGUUUUCUACACUGUAAUGAUCCCCAUGUUAAACCCCCUAAUCUACAGUUUUAGGAACAAUGAAGUAAAAGGUGCCCUGAGAAAACUGACGAGGAGAAAACAUCGUUUUCAUGAAUUUCAUUCAAUGCAAGAAGUAUUUAUUAAGUACAUGCUGUAUCUCAAGCUCUGCAGUGACUUUCAGGAAUAUAAGGACAAAAAUAAAACUGUGUUUAUCCAUAAGUAA